AUGAAGAUACAGCUACUUACUGUAUCGGCCCUUCUUCAAUCAGCUACCAGUCAACCUGAAAAUUCUUUGGCAGAUGUAAGUAGUCUUUUGAAUCCAGACUCUUCGAUAGUGAAAGAAGAUGACUUUCGACAAAAUCCGAAAAUCGACGAUUAUCUCAAUCGGCUCAUUCGUAAAAUUUUCCCUGAGUUGGAACCCGUAGAUGAGCCGACUCUCCAAAGCAUACGCGAAAAAAUAGACGUCGCUGUAAAUGAAACUGGCGUUGCAAACAUCACUGAAAUUUUCAACGAAAUGAAAGAUUCCCAGGAGGUCGAUUAUACAAUUGCAAAGCCCGACUCUUCGAACGAGUAUGGUGGAGAGUAUGAUUAUUACCCGAACUCAGGAGGACUUGACAAGGAUGACUGGAAUAUCUUUUAUGAUCCUGAUGUUCCACGGGGAGAUGGAAGAUCGUCGGUAAAUGUAGCGCCAUUCCAACCUCGGCAAGCUGUCGUGGAUAAAUUUAUUGAGAGAAAAAUGGUGAAAUCUGAAGUUCACGGAAACAAAGUUAUGUUUACGAUUGAUCACUCGCUCUCGUCAAGGGAUGAUAAUUGA